AUGAACCGUCUCUCCCAAGUCGCCUCGCACCUCAACUACCCCGAAGGCCUCCUCGCCAACCAAGUGGCCAUCAUCACCGGCGGAGGCCAGGGAAUCGGCGCCGAGACCGCCACUCUAUUUGCCAACGAGGGAGCUAAGGUGGUGAUUGCUGAUAUUGAUUCCCAAAAGGCAAAUACCACCGCCACCGCCAUCAACGCAGUCUCACCGGGGCGCGCAAUCGCCGUGAUCGGUGACGUUCUCGAUGAUCGGUAUAUCGAGGACCUGGUGUCAAGGGCGGCACAGUUCGGGAAUGGAAAGAUUCAUAUCAUUGUGAAUAAUGCUGGGUUUACUUGGGAUGGAGUGAUUCAUAAAAUCACCGAUAAACAAUGGGAUACUAUGCUGGCGGUGCAUAAUACGGCGCCGUUUAAACUGGUGCGUGCGGCGGCCAAGUAUUUCCGUGUCAAAGAUGGGGAGCCCAGAGUGAUUAUCAAUAUUAGUAGUACCAGUGGGAUCCAUGGGAAUGCUGGUCAAGCCAAUUACGCCCUCGCCAAAGCUGGUCUCGUCGGUCUGACCAAGACUAUCACCAAAGAAUGGGGUCCUGCCUUUGGCGUGCGCGCCAAUACCAUUGCCUUCGGGCACAUCACCACUCGCUUGACCGCUGCGAAAGAGGAGGGUGCCUUCAUCACCACCCCCGAUGGCACCAAGGUGGCGCUGGGGAUUCCCGGGAAGCAGUUGGACAGUCGCAAGGGCAAUGGCAGUACCAGCGCUGCGCAGUAUCCGGAUAUCCCGCUGGGACGACCCGGCAGCCCCAAUGAGGCGGCCCGUUCUAUUUUGGCAGUGGCAAGUCCACUGUUUGCCUAUGUCUCUGGUGAGACAAUUCGCGUGACUGGCGGACGCAAUACGUAG